AUGGUUGUGAGUCUUUCCGGUUAUUCUCCGCGGGAAGUAUACGAGGUAGAGUGUGCCAAAUUUAACUGCAAAAAGAAUAGUGCAAUAUGUAACUUCCUUUCGGAGCGGCCGGAUGACUUUAAAAGCAUCAGCGUUAUUGAUUUAUCAAAGAAUUUUGUGGGGCCAAAAGGUGUUCUGCCUCUUCUGGAGGUUGUUCGUCUCUGUGAAAAUCUCGAACUUUUGAAUCUGUGCGGUCAACAACUAGAUAAAAACGCUAUUGACGCACUCUGUUUGGUGUUGCGUAGUCAUCCCACUGUAAUUCAUUUAAAUCUCUCGGCCAAUCCACUUAGUAUGUCGGCAGGUACAUCGCUUCUCUUGCUGGCGAAGGACAAUCCGCUUAUUCAGCACAUCAACCUCACAGAUAGCUUCAUCAAACCAUCUGUUCUGUUGGCGAUUAAUGCACAAUUGGAGAGAAACAGAGAAUAUAGAGGUAAGGAAGCGGACCGAGCAGAUAUAAUUUCAAACGUGCAAAGGAAUGAGAAAUUAAACGGUGGUGAUGUUAGAAUACCCUUGCAGACAUCGCAAGAGAGAGGGGAAGUUCUUUCAAGGCCUAUGCAACCGAUUGUGCAAGACCAAAAUGUGACAUCGCGUGAAACAGAUGAUCAGGCAUACGAUUCCUUGUAUCCCCAUGAUUUGGGUGCCCUUUUGGCUAGUUUUACACAUGAGGUUCAUGAUGUCUUGUUUGAUGAAGAUCCGACAUCAUACGUAGCGAAAUAUUGCUCGGUGCGGCGGACAUGCUUUCACGAUGCAGACUUUCGUGCUGAUAGAGUCCCUCUUCGUCGCGGUGUUAGGCGGUGGGAUGCCUUCGCCUGGAGGCGUGUGAGCAAGUUGUUUCCAUCAGCAACGUUACUUCCGGAAGCUGGGGAAGAUAAGACACUGGUAUUCCCUCGCGAAUGCUUCCAAGCAUAUUCGUGGGUUUUUACCUGCGUUGAGGCUGUUUUCAAGGAUGCGGCAAUCCUUCGUGAUACUCUUUUCACUUCUUACGAUGUGGAUCACGGUGUUUAUGGUAUUCGCGUGUAUGUGGAUGGGCGGUGGCGGUACGUUAUAGUCGAUGACUAUCUUCCCGUUAACGAGAAGAACGAACUCAUGUUCACAAAACCCGUUGACAAUAAAUACUUCUGGCCUUGUAUACUAGAGAAAGCAUUAGCCAAGAUGUACGGUGGUUAUUUGGCACUUGAUAUAGAAUUUAUUUUGGAGUCCGUUCCACGAGCCCUUUCGAUGACUCCUGAAGCAACCACCCCAACGAACACGCCACUACUUGCGUCCAACGGUUUUCCGAACACUGUGGAGUGUCGUGAUGACGAUGUACGGCGUACGAGCUGCGCCAAAACACUACAAGACCUCAGUGGUGGGGUGGGUAUUACUCGCUUCCUGCGUACUGCUGAAUUUCAGAAGGAUGAGUGGUGGGCCUCUAUGCUAGAUAUGUCUAGGUCUGGUGCUAUUAUGGUGGGGAUAACAGACUUUGAAAAUGCCCUUCCCGGUAUAGAGACGGCUCACGCAUACCGCAUUACCCACGUGCAGCAGGUUGGUGGAAUAAAGCUCGUCAUGCUUUCCAGUCAGUGGUCGCCCCAGCAGUGGAAGGGCGAUUGGUCAGAUGAUUCUUGUCUAUGGCAGUCUCAUCGUGAUGUCAGUAUGACUCUUCGAAAAAAAAGGUUGGCCGGCGACCACUUUGGGUUUUGGAUGUCGUAUAACGACUUCCUUUCGGUUUUUAUUCAGGUGCAUAUUUGUCAUGUGUUUAAUGGCUUUACACAGCAUGUUGUGGAGUGUGAGUGGGGUAGGGACACCGCAGGGGGGCCAUGCUUUGACCAUCACUGGCACCUCAAUCCACACUUCAAACUGCGACUGUCAGAGAACACGCUCUUUUUCAUCAACCUUUCCCUACCGGACACGCGCUUUGCACCAACGUGCGUUAAGGCGAUGGGGAUGCAUAUUCUUAACAGCCCGCGGUACCCGGUAUGCUACCUACAUAACACGCAAGAUUGUGUCGUCGCAACCGAUUAUGUGGAGACGGACUCGAUUUCCGUAGAGGGCAAUUUUACAAAAGAAGGUGUUUAUUGGAUAGUUCCCAGUGCUGACUUGACAGGGGUAAUGAGCAGGUUCAUCCUCCGCAUGUUUGUGAGCUCACCAUUUGUUUUCUCUUCAGAAGUGAUUGGCAACCACUGGAAUACGCUGAAAUUCUCCGAUAUCAUAGAGUGUAGUGGCGAAUUCUGUGCGGGGGAUGACAACGCGCAAGUGCUUAUUCGGUUUCUCACAAAUGACAAGAUUAGAGAGGAGGUGUCGGUAGGUCCAAUUGUUGUGAAGGUGGCAACACCAGAGGAUAAGAACCUUGCGAUUGGGCUGUUCCUUGUACAUUCAAGUUUUGCGGGAUCGAAGGCGUCCAGGACCCUUGGAGUUGUGGAUAAAGGGGAUAUUGUGGCUUCGAGUCCUUAUGCAGUUACUGACAGGGCUUACAUUAUGGCAGACGUUUGCGAUAACGACGUGUACACAUUGAUAACAUGUAUUAGUCCCACCGGCUCACGCGCGGAAAUCGAAUACACCCUAUGGAGUGCCAUCCCCUCGCCGCAGCAUACCAUUUUACCUGUAUGGGGAAGGAAAAGCGUUACAGUGUCGUGGCCUGAGGGGAGUGGUUCUUUCUAUGGGGUGAAGAACAACCCGCAAAUUGAGAUAUGCCCUGAACGCGAUUUUGAUACGUUCGUUAUCAAGAUGAACCUCGUGGAAUGUAAUGUGACCGAUCCUGCGAUUGUUCUUUUCGUGCUUCAAAACGCCGGGAAUAAGGGGGAUGGUAUCAAGGGGAAAAUACCAGCGAAUCAGGUGUUAAAACGCUCUCAGUAUGUGCGACACCACUUUGUACAGUGCGAGCUGCAACUGCUAGAACCGACGGACUCCCUUUUGGUUAUUCCUUGUCUGCAGCCCACGGGGUCGAAAGGGGCGUGUGCCAUAACGGUUUCAACGGAAACUUCCGAUUUUUCUGUUAGAGUGUUGUCGAGUGUUUAA